AUGGCAUGGGUGGUGAGCCGGGUGGCAGCGCAGCAAGGUUAUGACCUGGACCUGGGGUACAGGGUCCUAGCAGUGUGUGCUGCCAACAGAGACAAGUUCUCUCCCAAAUCAGCAGCCUUGUUGUCGUCUUGGUGUGAGGAGCUGGGUCGUCUCCUCCUCCUCCGUCAUCAGAAGAACAGACAGAACGAACCACCCCAGGGGAAGGUUCCUAUGCAGCUCACCAUGCACUCCAUGAAGCCCACCCUGUCACACAGUGAUGGGUCUUUUCCCUACGACUCAGUACCAUGGCAACAGAACACCAGCCAGCCGCCGGGUUCUCUCUCCGUGGUAACGACCGUCUGGGGUGUGGCCAACACCUCGCAGAGUCAGGUGUUGGCAAACCACAUGGCUAACAAUGGUAACCCCAUGAUCCCUGGCGGUAACCCCAUGGGUCAGGGGGGUAUGUCUGGGAACAACCAGGGGAUGAACUCACCCCAGUACCCAGGCCAGCAGCAGCAGUUCCCCAACAAGGGCCAGCAGAACCAGGCUUACAUGCAGCAGGACCUGUACGGACGCCAGGGCUACCCCGGGGGAGGAGGAGGCUUCGGGGGGAAUUACCCUGGAGGUCCUAUCUCUGGUCCUGGUGGCGUGGGCAUGCCCCCCCACUCUCGUCCCCCUAGCGACUUCACCCAACCUGCUGCUGCCGCCGCCGCCGCAGCCGUCGCCGCGGCAGCCGCCACUGCUACCGCCACUGCCACGGCAACUGUUGCCGCCAUGCAGCAGGACACUCAAAACAAGGACAUGAACCAGUAUGGACCGAUGACUUCGUCGUUCCAGAUGGGGCCCAGCCAGGCUUACCAGAACCAAUUCAUGAACCAGGGGCCAGGGGGUCCCAGGGGCCCUCCAUCCCUCCCAGGGAACAUGGGCCCCGGUCCGGGCAUGAACCCCUCCAACAUGGUCUCCUCCCACAUGGGAAUGAACCAUCCCCGGCCCCAGGGGAUGGUGCCCUUUGGAGGCCACGUUGCCCAGAGAAUACCCCAGCAGGGAUACCCAGGAUGCAGGCCUCAGGGUAUGGGCAUGCAGGGUGUGAAGAGACCCUACCCUGGAGAGCCUAACUACGGAGGGCAGCAGUAUGGUCCAGGACCGAAUGGCCAAGGGUUCCCUCAGCAGCAGAACCAGUACCCCACCCACACCCCCAACCCCUCCAGGCCACUCCCAUCCCCCAACUACCCAGGCCAGAGAAUGCCUGGUGGGCAGCAGAUCCAGGGCCAUUACCCCCCUCCUGGAGGGGCCAUGGGACAGUACUACAAGCAAGAGCCUUUCAACGGUCAAAGUAACAACUUCUCUGGGAGUGGAUAUCAGUACAGCCAAGGCAAUAUGAAUGGGCCUCCUCGACCGGUGGGUUACUACGCCCACUCCCCGGUGCAUGGCAACCCGACCCCGCCCAUGACCCCAGGAAGUAGUAUCCCUCCCUACAUGUCUCCAAAUCGUGACGUCAAGCCCCCCUUCCCGCCAGACAUCAAACCAAAUAUCACCGCUCUUCCUCCUCCUCCUCCAGCCAACCCCAACGAGGAGCUGCGUCUGACCUUCCCGGUGAGGGACGGGGUGGUCCUAGAGCCCUUCAGACUGGAGCACAAUUUGGCGGUCAGUAACCAUGUCUUCCACCUCCGCCCCUCCGUACACCAGACCCUCGUGUGGAGGUCAGAUCUGGAGUUGCAGUUUAAAUGUUACCAUCACGAGGACCGACAAAUGAACACCAACUGGCCUGCCUCGGUCCAGGUCAGUGUUAACGCCACGCCCCUCACCAUCGAGCGCGGCGACAACAAGACGUCCCACAAGCCCCUGCACCUGAAACAAGUCUGCCAACCAGGAAGGAACACCAUCCAGAUCACAGUUACCGCCUGCUGCUGUUCUCACCUGUUUGUACUGCAGCUGGUCCACAGACCCUCUGUACGAUCCGUCCUGCAAGGCUUACUGAAGAAGAGGUUACUGCCUGCAGAGCACUGCAUCACCAAAGUUAAGAGAAACUUCAGCAGCGUAGCGGCGUCCUCUGGCAACACGACUCUGAACGGCGAGGACGGUGUUGAACAGACGGCCAUCAAGGUCUCCCUCAAAUGUCCGAUCACCUUCCGGAGGAUCCAACUUCCAGCCAGAGGUCAUGACUGUAAACAUGUCCAGUGCUUUGAUUUGGAAUCCUACUUACAGUUGAACUGUGAGCGAGGAACGUGGCGAUGUCCUGUAUGCAAUAAAACAGCGUUGCUAGAGGGACUAGAAGUUGACCAGUACAUGUGGGGGAUUCUUAAUGCCAUCCAAAACUCGGAGUUUGAGGAGGUGACCAUAGACCCUUCGUGUAGUUGGAGACCUGUGGCCAUCAAGUCUGAUAUCCACAUCAAGGAGGAUCCAGAUGGACCCAUGGCCAAGAGGUUCAAGACCAUGAGCCCCACCCAGAUGACCCUGCCCAACGUGAUGGAGAUGAUCGCCCUGCUCGGCCCAGGGCCCUCGCCCUACCCGCCCCAACAGGGGGGCAACAACAGCGAAUACGGAAGCCAUGGUAACAGUUACCAGGGCCACAGCGGGGGCUUUGACUUCCCCCAUGGGAACCCUGGUGGUACGACCAUGAACGACUUCAUGCACGGCCCCGUUCUGUCCCACCCGCCAAACAUGGCACAGGACAAACCCCUCACACACAGCAUGCCUGACUCUAUACCUCAUCCUGCCAUCACUGACCAGUCCCACAACUUGUUACAGCAUAGCUUACACGCCCAAUCGCACCCCGGCAGCCAAUCGGGACAGCCAUUGCAUCACAGUGGACCUCCUCAGCCGUCACGACAACAGGCUCCGCCCCCACAGCAACAACAGCCCGGCCCUAACAAUCACCCUCUGCAGCACGGUGACCCCUUAGAGGGACUGGGUGGAGGGCUCCCAGAUAUGCCCGAACCUUCCUUGGAUCUCCUUCCAGAGCUGGCUAACCCAGAUGACUUGUUGUCUUACCUGGAUCCUCCAGACCUCCCGAGCAGUAGCAACGAUGACCUUCUCUCGCUCUUCGAAAACAACUGACUCUGAUUCUAGAUCAGUUCAUUUUAAAAAAUGUAUAAAAAAAAACACUUAUAGGACUGCCUGGAGUUGGACCUAUAACAUCUGACCUGAGACCCGCUCCAGUACUUGACAAACACAAAGAUGCACUCCCUUUCUCCUUUUCCUCUUGUACAGUUUGCAUUGAUUCUCCAGCAGACUGACUGACUGACAGACUGACUGAUUGGCUGAACAAUGUUUUAAAACUCAAAAAGACAUAGCAGGACAGGGUAGGGCAGUGAGUGAUGUCUGCCUCCCUGCAGCGCCCCCAUGUGACCAUCGAUGAUACCAGCUAUCUGAUAUUCAGUUCAUUUUAUAUGCCACCAGUGUCUGUGUGCACAUUUAGGAAAGUGUUGAUGCGUUUUUUUAAAUUCAUAUUUUGUUUCAUUUUAAAGAAAAAAAAGAGGAAUUAAUUAAAUAUAUAAGGGGGAAAAAACAUAUUGGAAAAACAAAAUGUCCUGCACUAUCUGGCCAGUGUGUGUAAUGUCCACGUUAUUGUUUCACCUUAUAAGACUCAGUGUCUCAGCUUCCCGUUGUCACAGUUACUGUUCCCGGGACUGGUUACUAUGUAUCACUGUCUGUCUGUCUGUCUGUCUGUCUGUCUGUCUGUCUGUCUGUCUGUCUGUCUGUCUGUCUGUCUGUCUGUCUGUCUGCACGUCAUGUGAAAGCACAAGAUAUAACAACACAUACAUCUCAAAGGGAACAAAACACAUUUAAAGUGACAGUUUUGUCUAACACUAGUACCAAAACAUUUAAAGUGACAGCUUUGUCUAACACUAGUACCAAAACAUUUACGAGAAAUGUGCGAUUUUUGGGGGAAUGUUCAACAGCUCCCACUUUAGUUUCAACAACAACGAAAAAAGAAAACAAACGUUUUGGUUCAAGUUUUUUUUGUUUUUGUUUUCUUUUGGGAAGUGGAGAGGAAGGAAUCUUCCCUUCUUCUUUUGGGAAGUGGAGAGGAAGGAAUCUUCCCUUCUUCUUUUGGGAAGUGGAGAGGAAGAAUCUUCCCUUCUUCUUUUGAAAUAAAGAGCGAUGGAGGAAACCAAGUGGAGGGAGAAGGCGGAGCCGCGGGGGGAUUGGAAAUUGGCAAUCAUCCUCUUCUAGGAGAGAGAGUCGACCCUACAACAUAGACAUUUAUAAUCUCCGAUCAGAGAAAUACAUCUUGUUUCUUUAUUAUCCUGGACAGAGUAGAGUCACCAAUUGAUUGAUUAAUUGAUAGUCAUCAAUGGUAAAGGAAAGCAGACGUGGGAGAAUGAUGUUUGUUACCAGGGUUUGGGUCAAUUUGAAUUAAAGGCAGUCAAUUCAGGAAGUUAACAAAAAUUCCAAUUUAAUCAUUAAUUCCAAUUAAAUAAUUAAAACAGGGCAUAUAUUUUCAAUUACUCUCAAUUAGCUGAAAAAGCUAUUUACCUAUGUCAACAUAUCACUUCCAGAAUUGAUUGACUUCAAAUUGAAUUGUUCCCAACCCUGUGGGUUACUAUUUGAGUUUCCUGUCAGGCCGAUAUCAAGCCAGUUAGAGCUCCUAUCUUAUCCGUCUUUCUUCUGUGCAUGCGCCCCCUGGUGUUGCUCCUCUCAUCAUUCUCUCUUCUCUUCAUGCACCGUCUGGUGUUGCUCCUCUUCCCAUUUUACAGAGCUGCGUCUCUAGCUCUCCCUUUUGAAUUCUGUUAUUAGUAAUAAUUUUAAAAAGUGCCAGGUGCCAGGCCCUUGUCUGGGGGUGUUCUCCCAGUAGUAAAGAUAGUGUGUGACUGAAAUAGCACGCUGUUCCCUGUAUAGUGCACUACUUUUGAGGGUACUAAGGUACCAUUGCUGACAAAUGUAUGGUGUGCUUUUUAAAGUUGCUGUUACCACCGCUUUCUGUCUUUCUGUGUGUCUUUUAUUCAACAGUAAUAUUGGAAGGGAUAGUGCUGUUAUCACAGCACACUGAUAUUAUAGGUUGAAAUUGGCUUCUUUUUUUGUUGUUUCUACUAGCUUUUUGUUGCUGGAAAUUGUGACUUCAUCAAACAUUGUGAAAAUGCUUAUCAUAACCAAAGAGGGAUUGGGAAGUGUGCUUGCGUGUGUGUGGUGUGUGUGUGUGCGCGUAUGUGUGCGUGCGUGCUUGCGUGUGUGUGUGUGUGUGUGUGUGUGUGCGCGCGUGUGUGGUGUGUGUGUGUAUGUGCUGGUAGUUAUCCUUCAUUUCAAAGAUAUGGAGGAAAACUAGCAGGGAUCAUCCGUCAGUCACCACUGUUGUAACGAACGCAGUACUGGAGCUGAAAGUCACGUUUGUUUUCAAGUUCACUUCAUGACAAGAGUGUUGUUGAGUAUGCAAAUGUAUUAUUUUUAAAGAAAAGCUAUUGUAAAUAUAAUUUGUGAAUA